GCGGGCCGGGGCGGGGCGGUGCGCUGACAGGCAGCCCGGCCGCCCGGCCGUAAACAGCAGCCGGACGAGGGAGCCGGGGCUGCCCCAGCCCAGCCGGAGCUUCGCAGCCUCCCCUCGGCAACGCCGCGGCUCGGCCGCCUCCCAGGGGCAUGGGCGCGGGCACGGGCAGCAGCCGCAGCCGGAGGAGGAGCCGCCGGGCCGGGCCCUGCGCGGGGCACCGAGGUGCAAGGCCUGACAAUGGCACUGAAUGAGUGCUGCCUUCAAGCCUCCUUCCUGUAAAUGAUUGGACCAAACAAGACGGUGUGAUGAACAUGCCACUGCAUCAAAUCUCUGUCAUUCCAGCUCAGGAUGUUACCUCUUCCAGAGUCUCCAGGAGCAAGACCAAAGAAAAAGAAGAACAGAAUGAGAAAGCUUUGGGCCAUUCUGUGAGCCGCUCCAGUAACAUCUCUAAGGCUGGAAGUCCAACCUCUAUCUCUGCUCCUCAUAGUUUCUCUCGGACUUCUGUUACACCAUCCAAUCAGGACAUCUGCAGUUCCAGUGCAGUGUUUUCUGAAUGUUGUCAUCACAGUCCAGUGCAGUCUGCUGUUGUCUUGAAAAAUCCUCACUGCCAGAGCUCUCUGACACAAGGGGUCACUGUGACAGUAAUCUGUCAGGACACGUUACAUGCAGCAAAGAGAAACUCCCGUGGGCAGGAUCGGGGCCAGGCACUCAGGUCUGCUAAGAAUAUAAAGCCCACCCGCACCAUGAAAUUCUCCAAGUCCCUCAAUGACGUGGACCAGAAGGCACAGAGCACCAGUGAGUGCUUUGACUAUGUGGAGCGAACAUGCUCAGAAGGCAAACUGACCCCGACUCAAGAGCAGUAUUUGAGGAUUAACAAAUUUCAUCUUAAAGAGAGGAAAUCGUUGAAUCUCAGGCCUCUUUCUUUUAGCAAUUCUAAGCACUCCUACAUCCCUUCCCUUUCCAACUAUUCGAGUGCAUCGGGAGGAGCAGAGAACCGCAGCGCUGUACACAUCCCCUUGCUGGAGGACAAAGUGGACCAUGACACCUCAAGAAGCAAAAAACUGUUGCGUUACCUUUUUUCCUUCUCCCACAACUCUAGCACCAGCAGCCUGCAUAAGUUCCAUGAACUGGAGAGCUAUUCCAGUCACUUUCAAGCUGAAAAGUCCUCCAGCAUGCUGGUGGAAAGCACGGACUUCUGCUCUGAUGAUAUGGGAGAUGAUGACGUCUUUGAGGACAGCACCUCAGUGAAAUUGAAAACAAAAGAGCAGCGGGCACCGCUCUGUUCGGUUGAGAAGGACAGUGACCUUGACUGCCCUUCCCCUCUCUCAGAAAAAUUCCCCCCUGUCUCCCCUGUGUCUACAUCGGGGGAUACCUGCAGGAUAUGUCACUGUGAAGGAGAUGACGAGAGCCCUUUGAUUACCCCCUGUCACUGCACGGGAAGUCUUCAUUUUGUGCACCAAGCCUGCCUGCAGCAAUGGAUCAAGAGCUCAGAUACGCGGUGCUGUGAACUGUGCAAGUACGAGUUCAUCAUGGAGACAAAACUGAAGCCUUUGCGAAAGUGGGAGAAGUUACAGAUGACAGCCAGCGAGAGGAGGAAGAUCAUGUGCUCUGUGACAUUCCAUAUCAUUGCCAUCACCUGCGUUGUGUGGUCUCUGUAUGUCCUCAUAGACAGGACUGCUGAAGAGAUUAAACAGGGACAGACUACUGGGAUUCUAGAAUGGCCAUUUUGGACUAAGUUGGUGGUUGUGGCUAUUGGUUUCACUGGAGGACUUCUGUUCAUGUAUGUACAAUGCAAAGUGUACGUACAGCUAUGGAAGAGACUUAAAGCUUAUAACCGAGUAAUAUAUGUACAAAACUGUCCGGAAACUAGCAAAAAGAAUAUUUUUGAAAAACCUGCACUAAUGGAGCCAAACUUUGAAAGUAAAGAAAUGCUUGGGGUUCACCAUUCAGAUACAAACUCUUCACGUUACACAGAGCCAGAAGACUGUGCUGCAGAAAUCCUUCACGUCUGACUGCUGGGUGGGAUGGGUGUUUCUGUAUGUCCUUGAAGAUUUAAAAUAUCAUUGUUUACUGCAAACUGCUCUACCUUUUUAAAAUUGGCUAACAGCCGACGGCUGGCAGAUGAAGUUUUUUACAUUUGCGUUUUGUGGGAAUUUUUUUAAAUCCCUUUGGCGUAUCUGUCAAUGUUAUCAUGGUUGCAUACCUCUCAACGUUUCGUCUCACGUACUGGGCUGAUCAAAGAGCCACAGGUUACUGAGUAGAAUGAGCCUUGGUUGUGGUAUUAAGCAAGCCGCUGGUGAACUGUCAUCAACUUCAUGGAGUCUGUUACUUUAGAAGAUGACUCUAAAUGAUUCUGGAAGACGUGUAGAGUGUUGGUUGUUGUCUUUUUUUCCUGUCUUGUGUUUUUUUUUUCUAAGCAGGAUGAAGGAGGCUGUCCCAGAAACUGAGGGAAAUGAGAAAGCUAGAGUCUAAUCUACUGCUAACACUGCCACUAACAUUUUGUCUUAGGCAGCAAGUGUAAAAUUAUGCUUUACAUAUUGUGAUGAGACUCAUAAAGCAUAUAGCACUUUUAAAAAUCUUUAUUUUGUAAUAUGUAUGUCCAAUGAGAAUGAAACUUGAAAGAAUGUGUCAUUUUUCAGAACAUUUCUUCAUUCUCUACCCCAUCCAUUCUACUGAAACGUAAACCUCUUGCCUUAUUUAAAAAAAAAUUAAAAUUCCAACCUGUGAUUUCCAACACAUGAACACAUUAUCUUACUAAACAUAACACUAAACUGCCUCUUUGGGUUUCCUUUGAGGAACAAUGUGUUUUUCAAAGAAUGUUGCACUUGUGACUUGUGUUUGGGAAGUAGUGGAUGUGUACAGUGUUUGUUUUCAAUGCGUAAUGGUUUCAAUGCUCUGGGGAUUGGUUUUGCUUUUUUUUUUUUUUUUUUUUUUAACAGGUCAGGCCAUCAACAGACCUGCACCUAUAUACCUGAUGUAACUUUCAUUCCAAACCAUUGGUUAAGAUUUUGUUGGUAUAUUAGUAAAAAUGUGAGCUGUUAUGGAAAAAAGAUACUUAGUCAAUACAGCUGAAAUUGGUUUUCCUUCUUUA